GUCAUAAGAGCGUCACCAGCGACUCUGUGGGGCCACAGAUCGACGGGGGCCACCGGAGCACAGUGCCACCGGCUGACGGCUGCACCCAGCCAGCAUGGAUGAGGCGCAUUUCACCCGGCAGCGUCCACCGUACUGACAGAUUGUAGUCAAAAUGAACGAUGUGCAGAUAUGACGAUUUCGUGCACCCAAUGUGAACUUCCUUUUUCCAUUGUUGGUGUCCACAAACCGUGCAUUCAUCUCGGAACAGACCAGCAAGACCAGAACCGGCCUGAGCCAACCAACAAUGUCCAAGUCAACUUUCCUGAAGGUGAUCCUGCUGGGCGACGGCGGCGUUGGAAAAUCCUCGCUCAUGAACCGCUACGUCACCAACAAGUUUGACACGCACCUCUUCCACACGAUCGGCGUGGAGUUCCUCAACAAGGAGCUGGAGGUGGACGGGCACCGCGUCACCCUGCAGAUCUGGGAUACAGCAGGUCAGGAGCGCUUCCGCAGCCUCCGCACACCUUUCUACCGCGGCUCCGACUGCUGCCUGCUCACCUUCAGCAUCGACGACAGACAGAGUUUCCGCAACCUGGCCAACUGGAAGAAGGAGUUCACUUACUAUGCAGACGUGAAGGACCCCGACAACUUCCCCUUUGUGGUUCUGGGCAACAAACUGGAUGUUUCCGAACGUCAGGUGUCGGGGGAGGAUGUGAGGCGGUGGUGCUGCGAGAAUGGCGGACACCCAUACUUUGAGACAAGCGCCAAGGAUGCUACAAAUGUGGCGUCGGCCUUUGAGGAGGCGAUACAGCGUAUUCUGGCAUUGGAUGACAGAGCUGACGACCUCAUCCACACCAACACAGUGGAUUUAGAGAGAGAGACUCGCUCUAAGCCCAUCUGCUGCUGAGCUGACAGGUACUAGUGACCCAGCAGAAGCUCGGGCGGUGCUUCUGCAGUUGCCACAUACUGUUUGGGUCUGAGUGUAUAUUGUGGUUCUACAAAGAGAGAUUUCAUAUGUGAUGAAAGUUGAACAGCGUCUCUUCCAAAGUAUUAACUAGUUCUCAAAGUUUUUCCACCACAUCGUAUCUGAGAUAUCCCAAAUGUGAUUGUAGGACCUGUUGCCAGAAGUUUUAGUUUGAACCAUAAAUGAGAGGCCCUGCAAUUAUUUUCUGCCCGUGGAAGCAGAUGCAGGACUCAUUUGGAAGUACAGCAAUAAAACAAACUGUUUACCUAAAUUAUUGUGAUUUUGCCCUGAUGGUGCUUAACAAACCCACACCCCUGUAGUUUGAAAUAUAGGUUUCGAACCAUCUUAUUCUCCUAGAAUAAUUUAUAUAUAUAUACAUAUGUAUGUAUAUAUCUACAAUUCUUGACAAACAGAAGGUAUCUAAAAGUUUAUGUGGUCAAUGAAAUCAUCGUUAGGAACCACCGUCUUUCUGCUAUUUAAAUUGUCAAAAUAAUUCAGAUUUUCUGUGUUAAACCACAUGAGCAACUAGUAUUAUUAUGUUGUUGUUUUUUGUAGUACAAGUGAGGCCAAUGAUAUUUGAUAUUCCCUUAAAUAAGAAAAACAUUUCUAGUUUUUUUUAAACAUAAAUAGAUGCCAUAUUUAUCAAUCACUAUGCUUCCUCUCAUGAUAAAAAAUUGAUCUUCAUUCGUAUCGCCUCUAUAAUAACUCCCAGUCAGUAACCAGCCAAUGAAGAGCAAAACCCUCUUUGUCCACAAGGCUGUACCCAUGUAUUAAAUGUUUUGAGAGAUAAACGCCCUGGUUGUGGUUUCACUGUAACACCGUUUGAGCUGAUUUCUCCAUUUUCCAAUGUCAUUUGUGAACUAAAGGGACAAAACUGGGUCAAAUUCCAAUGUUAAAUAUGGCUUUUAAGCUCUAAACACGUUACACAGGAAGCAUGAUGGGUCACACAAUCAUUUAUACAAGUAUGAUAUCUUGUUUCCAUGAUAGCAGCAGCAAAAUGGCAGAAUAACAGGGAUGUCAGUCAAACGGUCUAAUCAGGCAGCAUAAGUGAAAACACGUGUGUGGGUGGACGACGGCUGUGACACGUCUCUGAGCUUCCUCCAGAUGGCAGCUGUGAGUAUUCAGUGGUUUAACAACUGUAAUGAUUAAACCUCAUCCUGAUUUAAUGUAAAACCUCUGCAGAAAUAAUCAGACGGCGUCAUGUGGCGGUUUCUAGGGACUUUUUGUGGGAAAACAACACGUAAUUCAAUUUAGACGUGAAACGUUGUCCAUUUUGUUGAGGCAGCAGUAAGCAGCUAAAUAACUCACCUGGCUUCACCUGUGUUGCCAGUUUGGAGUUUUCCGGGAUUUGAGUUACUACGGUUACAAUUAAAAAUCUGUAAUUACUUUUCUCUUGUGGCAAAAUUUGUUGGAUGGCUUUUUACAACAUCACAGUAAAGUUUUCAGCAUGUAAAA